AUGAACUGCACUUACAACUGGUUUUCUUUUUCAUUCAUCAUUAGUAAUAGCACUACACACAAUGUUGCAACAGAAAGAGGUGUCAGAAAGAUACUUGUUGGUACAAAGGGAAUCCCACACCCAGUGUCUCAAGAUGCUCGAACCAUCUGUUACCCAGAUCUUCUCAUCAAGGCAAAUGACACAGUAGUGGUCAAUACAGGAACUGGCAAGAUAACUGACUUCAUCAAAUUCGACACUGGCAAUGUGUGUAUGGUGAUUGGUGGGGCCAAUCUCAGCCGUGUGGGUGUGAUCAACAACAGAGAAAAACAUCCUGGUUCUUUUGAUGUUGUGCAUGUGAAGGAUGCCAACGGCAACAGCUUUGCCACCAGGCUUUCCAACAUUUUUGUCAUCGGCAAAGGUAAUAAACCUUGGAUUUCCCUGCCCAAGGGAAAGGGUAUUCGACUUACCAUUGCUGAAGAGAGAGACAAGAGGCUGACAGCUAAACAGAGCAGUGGCUGA